UAGUGGAUUCAUGUAGGGCGAUCAGGUCAACUUACCACCAGAUUCAUUUCCUGUUAUAAGGUAUAGGCUGUCUUUCGAAGAUCCAGCGUGAAUGGCUUCUUUCACUCUACCAAGUGAAUGGUUCAAAAAAUGGUUGAGGCUCUGCAUUGCAAGCUUUGAAGCAGUGAUUUUGGUCUCAGCAGUGAAAAAAAACCCCCUCUUUAUACCUCGAAUUAAAAAAAAAAUUACCCUUUACCCAAACUGAAUUUUGCAACCGUUGCUCAUUAUCGGCCAUGGAAACUUUACAGCCUCCUGCUCACCUCAAAUCUCGGAGGCAGAAGGAGAUGUGGAAGAGACAAUUACUCCAAAAUGUAAAAGAGAGACAGAAAGCCCAAGAAUCGCAGACUCCGUUCCGCAUUGCUGAGCGUAGUCUGCAAUCAAAGGUUGCUACGCCUGAUCGACCACCAGUCGUUGACUUUACCAACCUAGAAAACAACCCUCCCGAAGUUAGAGCAAAACUCAUAAGAGUUGAACUGUCCCACGAUUUGCGUGAGAUAUGCCCCUUGUUUGGACGCACCGACGACGAUUGGUCGAAGCGACGUAGCAUUGCCUACAUCCAUUCAGAUAUAGAGGGCCUCAUAUUUAUUCCUAAUCCAUUUACUGAGAGUGCUCAACGUCAAUUGAUCUAUAAUUGCCUUCAAAAGUAUACACAAGCGCCAAAUUCGUCGAGUUUGGAUGCACAUUACGAAGUUCCCGCAGAAGGCGUUUGGAACCUCUAUACAAAGAGCCGACGCUGUGCAUCUAACGAAGACGACUCUCAAUUGCUAAUAAGUCGAAAGUCAAGAUCAAACAAUGGUCAAAAAAUACCGGAAUCUGCAGAUCCUUACGACGCACCUUCCACGUCAGGCCAGCAGUCGACCAGCAUUGAAAAGGAUCCUGACAUCGCAGAUAUUAAAUCAGAACCUUCACUACAUAAACCUUCUGAGCUAUUGCAUCCUUCGGAACUCAUCAGAAAACUGCGUUGGGUCAGCCUUGGCUAUCAAUAUAACUGGUCAGAAAAAACCUAUUUCUUUGACCGACCUAUACCCGUCCCAGAAGAAGCGGCGAAGUUAAGUAUUGCGAUCGCCAAAGCAGUUGAAGGAAUAGGGUAUCGUCAGGAUGAUGGCUUCCGAUGGCAAAACAAUUACAAAGGAGACAACUAUGCACCUGAAGCUGGAAUUGUCAAUUAUUACCAGCUUAAGGACACCUUGAUGGCUCAUGUCGACAGGAGUGAACUUAAUAUGGAGGCGCCAUUGAUAUCAAUGAGUCUCGGACACAAAUGUAUAUACCUCAUAGGCGAGCAAACUCGUGAUAUAAAACCUCACGCCAUCCUUCUGCAAAGUGGAGACGUCAUGGCAAUGACAGGAGCAAGUCGCAGCGCCUUUCAUGGUGUUCCAAAAAUACUGGAUGAUGGUCCGUCGUUUCUGCAGCCUGGCACAAUCGACGAAAACAUACCAGACUGGGAUGUGUAUGGGGAAUACGUGAGUAAAGCCCGUAUCAAUCUCAACAUUAGACAAGUCAAUGUCGACUCUUCGUCCACAUAAAUAUAUUAGACCGCCCACAUAUUACAACGUAUUGUCGAUCGUACAACAAGCGAGAACAUUGCGCGAAUGCAUCCGAAUAACGCUACAUGUAUUAAAAGGCUGUACAUUAAUUGAGUGGGUAGACAAAAGCCUUUGUUUGCAUCAUUUGUUCGAAAAGGAAGAAC